AAAAAUUACCUAUGAACAUUUCUUAGUGGUAGAGCACACAUCAAUUUUUAGACUAAUGAUGGUCUCAAUCUUUCUUCUCUCUCAUAUAUCAAACUUUUUCUGGUUUUUGUCUUCUCUUUUUUAUAACUAAAUGAUUCUUUCUCCAUGUGUUUCUCCUGUCAUUCUUCACAUUUUUCUACCAUUUUCUUAGAAAUUUUAGUUAGUAUUCGUAUACUUGCAGAAUCUUUAGUUUUCCCUCUGAAAGCUGUUGAAAAGAGCAAUCUUGGACAAUUUUCACUUAGAAAAAUUCAAUCUUUGUGGCUCAAGUUCUCUCUGUAUAUUGAAAAACUGUUUGUUUAAAAUGCCCCCAUCAUAUUUUCCUCUUCGUUGGGAGAGUACAGGAGACCAAUGGUGGUAUGCUUCACCAAUUGAUUAUGCAGCUGCUAAUGGUCAUUAUGAUUUGGUCCGUGAGCUUCUUAGAUUAGAUGGUAAUCAUCUUAUUAAGCUCACUUCACUACGUAGGAUUAGAAGGCUUGAAUCUGUUUGGGAUGAUGAAGAACAGUUUGAUGACGUGGCAAGAUGCCGGUCACAAGUUGCAAGAAAAUUGAUGCUUGAAUGUGAUACUAAGAAAGGAAAAAAUUCCCUACUUAAAGCUGGUUAUGGUGGAUGGCUUUUAUAUACUGCUGCCUCUGCUGGAGACUUGGUUUUUGUUCAAGAAUUGUUAGAAAGGAACUCACUUUUGGUUUUUGGAGAAGGGGAAUAUGGUGUUACUGAUAUAUUAUAUGCUGCUGCUAGGAGUAAAAGUUGUGAUCUUUUUAGGGUUCUGUUUGAUUUUGCUGUAUCACCGAGGUUUUUGGCGCGUGAUUAUGGGGGAGAGUUGGAUAAUAAGCAUAUAGGUGAGGUUCCAUCUGCUUAUAAAUGGGAGAUGAUGAAUAGAGGAAUUCAUGCAGCUGCUAGAGGAGGAAAUCUGCAGGUAUUAAAGGAGCUUCUUGCUGAUUGUUGUGAUGAUAUUUUGACUUAUAGAGAUAUUCAGGGCGCGACGCCAUUGCAUGCAGCUGCUGGAAAGGGCCAAGUUGAGGUUGUCAAACAUCUUAUAAAAUGUUUUGAUAUUAUCAACUCCACAGACAAUCAAGGCAACACCGCAUUACAUAUUGCUGCUUCUAGGGGCCAAUUAGCUGUUGUUGAAGCUUUAAUUGUUGCAUUGCCCUCGUUGGUCUGUUUAAGAAACAAUGCUGGCGAAACAUUUCUCCAUGUCGCAAUUACUGGUUUCGAAACUCCUUGUUUCCGUAGAUUGGACCAUCAAAUCCAGCUCAUGAAGCAGUUAGUUUGUGGGAAGUUUUUCAACGUUGAAGAAAUUGUUAAUGCUGAAAAUAAUGAUGGUAGAACCGCGCUUCAUUUGGCUGUCAUUGGAAACAUUCAUUCUGAACUUGUGGAAUUACUAAUGACUGUUCCUGCUGUUAAUGUCAACACUCGCGAUAAGGAUGGAAUGACACCACUUGAUAUCCUCAGGCAACGGCCACAUUCUGCUUCAUCAGAACUCCUUACGAAACAGUUGAUUUCUGCUGGAGGAAUUUUAAGUCAUCGCGAUUAUUCAGCAAGGAGAGUCGUAGCAUCACACUUAAAAAUGCAAAACAUAGGUAGCAGUCCGGGCACUUCAUUCAGACUAUCUGACACUGAAAUAUUCUUAUACACUGGGAUUGAGCGCGAUGGCUAUGAAAGCUCAGAGCUGAGCAUCCCAACAGAACAAAGUCAACACAAUGUGAGUACUGAAACUUGUCCUAGAAAUGGGUGUAAACCAAGUUCUGCAAAUAAUGCUGCACAAAGGCUGAAACGCUUUUUCCAUUGGCCAAAAAUAAGAAAAGGAGACAAGAAAUUUGUGGAUCGUAGUUCUGCUAUAAAUGCAGAAGCAGCACCAGUUCCUCUUCGACAAAGAUUCUCCAAGCCUUCAUCUCUUCCAAACAACAAACGGACACUCUCCGUUAGGAGUAAUGUUCCAAGUCCAACAGCGAAAAAGAAACUUGCUUCGGGGCUAGUAAAUGGUGUUAUGUUGGCUAUACCACAUCUUAGUGUCCGCCGUAGAUCAUCUUGCUCUAGUUCAUUCUCAGUUUCAUCAAUAUCUUCACAUACUUCUUUGGAUCAACAAAAAGCCACCCAAAUUGAGAAUGCGCUUGCUAGAGCUUCUUGUUCUAACCACGUACGAGCUAAAUCAUCAGAUUCGACGUUCAAACACAUCACUGGAAACAAAAGCUUGGUGAACCAAUACUUGUGUUUUGGUACUUCAGAACAAACUGUCAAAGCUACUUCAAGUAGGCUGCAGCCAUAUGAAAUUUAUGAGCGUUCUGUUCUAUCCACAGCUUGAUCUUUUAGACUGAGACUUCAGUAAUUUGGCUGGUUCAAGAGCUCUUAGUUUCAUCCUUGAUAAAUCUACAUUUCCACAUAGUUUAGUAGUAGCUACUAAAAUUUCCAUGUAGCAGUCUCUUGGCUCUAGUAAUGUAAAUAUGUUUGAUGUUUUAAUUACAUUGUGUGACUCCUCUAUGAGUUGUAACUUAAAGAAAUUUCCUAGACCUUUAGAACUGAUUUAUGAAGCUUUCUUAGUUGUGUGCAA